AUGGAGGGAGCGAGUUCGCCGUCGCCCGCGAGCAGGUGGCUCGUGCUUCUUCUCGGCGUCUGUCUUCGGCUUCUUCCCACCGUCGUCGCAACUUCGGUCCAUUAUUGCGGUGAGCAGCACGGUCCUUCGUCUUCAUUCCUCUCGGUCUCGCUCGGUCUCCCUUGGUCUUGCUUUUGUAUGUGUUCUCCUGCGUGAUUCGAACAUCGAUGAUUGCCCUGGGGUCGUUGAAAUUUCAUCGCGUUGAUUGCUGGUCAACCUGAGAACCGCGUCGUCGUCGGUUCUCAUCGAUAGAUAGAUAGAUAGAUAGACGGAUAGAAGCCUAUUUUUCCUCACUUGAAUUUCCCUCCUGACGCUGCAGAUAAGGAGGCGGAUUAUCCCGUCACAAUAAAAAGGGUCGAGAUCACACCCAAUCCGGUGGUGCGGGGCAAGCCGGCCAAGUUCAGCAUAUCAGCAACCGCAGGUAUCGAGAAGUUGAAAUCCCUCCGUUUGUUCUUUCUCCCUGUUUGGUAUUCGCCCUUUCCUCAGGAUCACUAUUUCUCCGCAUGUAGAAUUUCUCCGUCAUCAAUCAAUCUGAACUGGGAUGGAUGGAGAGAUUCGAAGUAGAAAAUUUAGUUGAAUAUCAGAAAAUCUUCUGCGAAACCCAUAGAUUCUGCGUAAAUUGCGAUGUGAAAACAUUCAUCUCCUUGGACGUUGACCCUUGACAGUAGGGUGACUUGUGCCAUCCAUUUAUCCAGGCUGGAGGGGCCAAGUGGAGUUUAAAGACGAUAAUGUCGUCACUAACUGAGCUCCAGUUUUCCCAUGACUUGUCGUAGCUGGUUUCCAUAGACUACUCCGUGUAAUGUCGUCUAAAACUGGAUGAUCUCAGAGACCCCCGAUAUCAAGACGACCAUGAAAACUAUAUUCAGAUUGGUAUUACAUGUAUGCAAUUAUAUUUUGGCUCUCUGGUGUUUCAUCAAGUCGGUGAUAUUUCCUGACACUAGCGUUCUCCUGUUACGAUAAAACAAAUACAGGGGAGGCCAUUGCUAAUGGGGAGGUGAUGAUUGAAGUGAAGUAUUUUGGGAUCCACGUUCAUCAGGAGACACAUCGGUUCUGUGAGGAGACUCGAUGCCCAGUCUCUCAGGGCGACUUCCUGGUCUCCCAUGACGAGGUCCUCCCGGCGUUCACUCCACCGGUAUGACUUCUCUCCCCCUUUCUGAGCAUUCAAAAUCAUGUUAAUCUGGAUGAUGAGAGCCUUCUCCCAUCGUGGGAGGACGACACAAUAAUGUGGGGAAACCAGAUCAAGUUCUUCUCGCCUCGGUCUUUGGUGGUUUUCACACGACCAUUAGAGAUUUUAGUGUGUUCUUCAUGCGAGAUCAUGAAUUUGGAGAAUGAAACCGAGCUCAGCAUGGAAAACUUCAUAAAAUGGACGUGGCUAGAUCAAGUUGUUUUCGCCCCGAAUAUUUCGAGGAUUUUGGUCUGUUCUUCAUCUGAUGAGAUCACGAGCCCGUCUCCUUUUUCUCUUAGCUAGAAAGUUUUGCAUUCAUUCUUCUCAGGGUUCUCUGGUUUUUGCUUCUGAUGUCUCUUUGUUUUCCAAUGAAAUCCCUGGGUCCCUAAAAACUGUUUAUCUCCUCAGUUUUUAGUCCAUCAGCCUACUUUGGUGUACAUGGUGUUUUAAUUUUAUGCGAAAAAGGUUAAACUACGAUUCAUGACUGAUUGGUUGACCUUCCCUCCCUCCCACAAAAUCAAUCCAGGCUCCUAGGUCCCUGAAUCUAGGCGUCUGCUGGUAUGCAGACAGUCCGCCGAUAAUAAAAUAUAGAGAGAGAAAGAGAUAUAUACAUGUAUAUAUGGGCUCUCCUAUUUUGCUUGUGGUAACGUGAGGUGAUCAAUGUUGGCGGCGCAACGCAGGGCUCCUACACGCUGACGAUGCAGAUGUUUGGAGAGGGCGGCGCGCAGCUGACCUGCGUCAGCUUUGACUUCAAGAUCAGAAUCGGCUCUCCCGUCGCCGACACCUGA